GCUUAAGUGGAGUGGGUCAGAAAGAAAACAUUUCCUCAGCAGUUUCUUUAGAAGUUUCUCUUAACUUUUAGAUAUUACAGAGUGUUCAGAUAUUAGAGACACUUCACUUCAAAGUUCAUCGUGGGACAGAAUGACUACCACCAUGGAGAAAUCUACAAACUUUCGCAUUGAUGCGCUACUGGCGCACGACGUGGAACAGAGGAGGGACAGCGAUGGUGCGUCCCCGGGGUUGUAUUACAGCAGAAGCCCCGGCGGCAGCCCGGUGUCAAACCGCGGCUCAGAGACGCCUUCCCCGCAUCCAAACCCAAAAGACUGCUCUCCUGUCCCGCCAGGAGUCCUAUCCAAAGCGCAGCUCUUCAGCUUGUCCCAGUCAGGAUUCACUGCUCUGCACCAAGGGGGUCUCCUCGGAAUGCACCCGGGCUCCAUGUAUCCUCUGGCGGCCCUCGGAGGCCAGCACCCCGCCUUCAUGUACCCAGGUUUCACACAGCUGGUCCAACCAUAUCCUGAGCAGCUGAAGGGGGCCACCAUGGCCGCGACGCUUACUCUGGAGCCGUGGAUCAGAGCCGGGAUGAUGAUACCCAGACUCGGAGAAUAUGGAGCCCCGGCCCAAGUAGGUUUGUUUGGAAAGUGUCGGAGGCCCAGGACAGCUUUCACCAGCCAGCAGCUGCUGGAAUUAGAAAACCAGUUCAAGCUCAACAAGUACCUGUCCAGGCCUAAACGCUUUGAGGUGUCCACUUCCCUCAUGCUGACUGAGACUCAGGUUAAGAUCUGGUUCCAGAACAGACGUAUGAAGUGGAAGAGAAGUCGCAAAGCUAAGGAACAAGCAACGCCACUGACACACACAGAAAGACCUGGAAUGGAUUUAGACAGUGCCAAGCCUCAGAGCGAUUCACACAGCUCGAGCCUGGAGGAUGAAGAGGAGAUAGAAAGGGAUGAUGAGGAUGAAAAAGAGGAGAGAAAAGUGCUGAGGGCGGGUUCCUUAGGAUCUGUAGGCUUCAUGAGGCAUGCUGGAGAAGGAACAGGAAACUACAGUUCAUACUUAGAAGAGGAGGAGCAGGAGGAGGGAGGCCCAAGAACAAGAAGUGGGGUUUUCCCAUAGUUCUAAAGUUCAGCAUGCCUUAAUUGUAUGUCUUUUUAUAUUUAUUACCCUUGAGCAGACAAUACACAUUGCAAUCAGGUGCACAAACAUGGUGGAAUGAAGUGGAGAUCUAAUUUUUCACACCCCAACCCAUAGUCUGUACCUGGAGCUCCCGAAUUACCAAAAGGGUAAGUUGACAUCUGCACAUUGGGCUGGGUAUGAAAACUGAUGACAUCCAACCAGAAUAAUGCCAUCUUUACCUGGACAUUUAAUGGUUUAAUGGUCAGUAGUCCAUCUGAGUUAUGACUUCAGAAUCAACAAAUAAUUCUGAGGUAUAAUGGGCAUUUUUGUGCAUGAUUUACUUGUGAUUUAAACAGUGCAAACACACAGAAAGCAUGUUCCUGUCCUUUCAUCUGCAAUAAACUGAUUUAUCUAUAAAUAUAAAACUGUAUGCAUGUAUGCAUGGGUGGGGUGGGACAGCACUUUCAUGGAAGGUAGUGGAUGCAGAAAAAGAAACAUUAACUUGGAGACUCGUGUUGUGAAGAGUGUCAGUGUUACAUUGUUACAAAUGCUGGACAAAUAUUCCACCAAUAUUUGUAACUUUUCAUAUUUUAAAUUUUUAAUGAGGCAAGACUUUACAAAUAAUGGAUUCAUUUUCACCCAGUUAAUGAUUUAGGGCAUUAGGGGUGGCAAAGAAAAAAAUCUAUUGUAGGCUUUUUUACUGUGUGGUCAUGGAUCUUUGUUGUAUAAUAUUUAACUCUUUGUUUUGUAUUAUCUUGUUGAAACUGCAUGUUAUAUUUAGUUAAAACCACACAUCCACAAAGACAUGGCUGCAUGUAAUGUAUGGUAUUUAAAAUGUACUGUUGAUAUGGCAUUUUCCCUGUAUUUUGUAAACUAUUCUCAUAUUAAGUGUGUUAUGUUGUCAUUGUCAAUAUACAGUAAUUUAACAUUAUAGAAUUUAAUAUAUUUUACUUGUAAAGCAAUAAUAGUGUUUUUU